AUGAUCCGUGUCUCCGGGUUACUGCGCCGGGAGAGAGUGGGAUGUCGAUCCGAGGGUCCAGGAUUCCCUUGGAUGGUUCCCGGGAGCCGGGAGCCGGGAGCAGGGAGCCGGGGCAGAGAGAGCGGAGCCUUGGGCCACUCACUGGCUGCUGCUUCCCAGCUGCUCCGGAGGGGAGUUUGGGAAAGGCGGAGAGAUCUCUCCCUCCCCUCCGCUCUCCGCCGAGCGCUCAGUGCAGCGGCAGCCGCCGGUCGGCCGGGAUGCGGGCGCUUUGGCUGCUCCUGUCCUGCCUUCUGUCCCCGUCCUCCGGCGGGGGGGGAGCCGCCGGCCGCCCCCUCCUCCUCCGGCGCCGUCUGCGGCCCCGACUCCUGCUACACGGCUCACCUGCGGCGCCGCUCCUUCACCCAGGCGUGGCGGGCGUGCCGGGCCCGGGGCGGGAACCUGGCCAGCGUGAAGCGGCAGGACGAGGCGGAGCUGGUGGAGGAGCUGGUGCGGGCUCUGUCCCCGGGUGGACCGGGGCAGCCGCUCAGGCUGUGGCUGGGGCUCCAGCGGCAGCCCCGCCAGUGCGCUCCCCGCAGACCCCUGCGCGGCUUCACCUGGACCACCGGAGACCAGGACACCCGCUUCACCAACUGGCUGAGCCCGGCCCCCGAGGCACCGGGCUCCCCCUGCCCGGCCGCCCGCUGCGUUGCGCUCAGCCACGGCUCCGGUCCCCCCACUGACUUCAAGUGGCUGCAGGGUUCCUGCGGGCUGCCGGCCGACGGCUACCUCUGCCGGCACACCUUCCGAGGGAUGUGCCCGCCGCUGGAGCCAGGGCCGGCGGGACCCGUCUCCUACGCCGCCCCCUUCGGUCUCACCUCCAGCACCCUGCGCUGGGUGCCCUUCGGCUCGGUGGCCACCUACCCCUGCGGGGCACCCAAGGGUGCCGUCUCCCUGCUGUGCCAGGCGCGGGAGGGUGGGGUGGGCUGGUCCCGGGAGCCCCCUUACUGCCGGGGUCCCGGGACCGGGGGUUGGUGCGAGGGGGGGGGACCCGGGAACAGCAGCGGGCUCAGUAACGGGGGCUGCGGGCACCUGUGCGUGGACAGCGGGCCGUACUACCACUGCGAGUGCCGGCCCGGCUUCCAGCUGGCCCCGGACGGGAGAACCUGCCUGGAUAUGGACGAGUGCGGCCUCGGACUGUGCCCCCAGCUCUGCGUCAACAGCCCGGGUUCCUACACCUGUCUGUGCGCCGGGGGCUACCGGCUGGGAGAAGGCGGCGAGUGCCAGGACGUGGACGAGUGCGGCCUCGGACUCUGCCCCCAGCUCUGCACCAACAGCCCGGGCUCCUUCCAGUGUUACUGCCGGGUGGGCUUCAGGCUGGAGCGGGACGGGGACGGGGAGGGGGACGGGGUCACCUCCUGCCGGGACGUGGACGAGUGCCAGUUCGAGGGCAGCUGCCAACAGAUGUGCGUCAACUACCUGGGUCACUUCGACUGUCACUGCGAGGAGGGCUUCGUGCUGGAAGCGGACGGCUACUCCUGCCGUCCCGCCCCCGCCUGGGACCCCUUCACCUUCCCCUCCCCUUCCCUCCCGGCCGGGACCCUGGCAGGGCUGCUCCCGGGGGAGGGGGUAGGGGUGACAGUGGAGGUAGCCGGGGAGGAGUGGCGGGGGUUGCCGCCCGCUCUUGGGGAGGGAGGGGUGGGUUUGGGCGAGGGGUUGCCCGGGGAGACGGGACCACCUCCCGCCCGGUCUACGGGGAGGCCGGUGGUAGUGGAACACCCCCUUCCCCAAUCUACGGGGCGACCCAAGGAGAUGGGACACUCCCCUGCCCAAUCUACAGGACGCCCAAUGGAGACAGGACAAUCUCUUCCCCAAUCUACAGGGCGACCCAAGGAGACGGGACCCUUCCCUGCCCAAUCUACAGGGCGACCCAAGGAGACGGGACCCUUCCCUGCCCAAUCUACAGGGCGACCCAAGGAGACGGGACCCUUCCCUGCCCAAUCUACAGGGCGACCCAAGGAGACGGGACCCUUCCCUGCCCAAUCUACAGGGCGACCCAAGGAGACUGGACUCUUCCCUGCCCAAUCUACGGGGCGACCCAAGGAGACCGGACCCUUCCCUGCCCAAUCUACAGGGCGACCCAAGAAGACGGGACCCUUCCCUGCCCAAUCUACAGGGCGACCCAAGGAGCUGGGACAACCCCCCGCCCGGUCGACAGGGCCUCCGGUGGAGACGGGACCCCUCCCCGCCCUCAACAGCUCGCGUCCCGCGGAGACCCCCACUCCGGCCCGCGGCUCGGAUGGGGAGGGGGACCGGCCGGAGAACGUGGCCUCCAACGGUCCCAACGACUCCCGGGACGACCGCUGGCUCCUCAUCGCCCUUCUGGUGCCCAUCUGCAUUUUCGGCGUGGUGAUGCUGGCUCUUGGCAUUGUCUACUGCACCCGCUGCGUCUGCGGACGGCGCUCCGUCACCGACUGCUACCGCUGGGUCCACCGCUCGUCCAAGGACCCCAACCCCAUCACCGGCUCCACCAACGUCCACAGCACCGUGUCCACCUCUGACCCGCUCGGGACCACGCCCACGGCAACGACCUGGCACGCUGACAUCAGCUGCGUCUGAACAAGACAGGCGCAGAGUCAGGACAACCACGGACAUUCUCGGCUGACCUGUGUACUUCACUGAUGGACGGAGGGAUGGUUCACAGUCACGCACCCGUCAGAGGACCGAUGGACGAUUGUUCUCCUGCCAGUGGCUGCCGCCUCCUGCAAACUCUUCUUGACUCUCUGUUGUACGACAUUGGCCGCCAAGAGCGGCCCAGUGGCAUCGGACGCCCAUUGGGCAGACGCCAUGGCACUUGGCCAUCAAGACCUUUUUUCUCCGACUAUAACUGAGCUGGAUUCGAGUGGACCCUUCCCCCCCCCAUCUCCCUCGCUGUUCACCUGGGUGCCCAUCAUCAUCACCAACGUUGGACAAUUCCAAGAUGGUGCAGGGGAGGGCAGAGGUCACUGAUCCACAAGCUGACCUCCCAUUGGCUGGCCUACUCUGGCCCACCGGAACAGAAGGGGAGGGGUGGGUGGGGAGCGCACAGGGGUAAAACGGGCAUCUUAACGCCUGCUUCUGGGCCAUGGAACCUUCGAGAGUGUCAGUCGGGUCCAGGAUUAAAGGGGAGGUGUGGGAAGGGGGAGGAAGGGGUAGAGGCUGGAUAUGGGAGUCCAUGGUUCCCCAGACUUUCCCUGUUCCCCACUCCUGGGGUCCAUGGGGCAAAAUUUUGGGGGGAGUUCCCCCUCCUGUCCCACCCCUUGGUUUGUCCCCAACCAGUGGGGCCGUUCAGAAGGGUCACUCUUGUAAUGCAGGAGAAAACUCGGGAGGGAGCAGAUGUGUGCACAGCAAGAUCCCACAAUCCCAACUCUCAGUGAUGAAACUGAGUGAUCUGUUUCAGUGAUGUUGGGAUGGGGCCUCAGGAUAGCUGGGGGAGCGCGU